GUUGCAUGUUUUGCAAAAAUUUGUCUGUACGCGGCGUGCCCGUUAUUCAUUAUCCGUAAGCUCUUCGUAACAGACUAACAGUGCUCACCAUUAUUUCCAGACGGGAUUUGUCUCUACCGAGUGCAACGUGCCUCUUGAAAGUCGAAAUAUUACAAUUAUUUUGGUCUCGAUAACGGAGAUCUUAGCGUUUUCACUUUGCACUGGAUUAUCACUUUUUUUCAGUUUUUGGAGACACAAUCGAGGGUGAUACGUCAGGAAGUAAUCCAAACUGAGAAUUCGAAUUCGUGGGUGUGGUAAAUAGGUAAUUACCUAUUUGGAAGUUCCGAGGAAAGCUGAUACAAUCCACAAUGCCCCGCACGGCAACCGCUUCCACAGCAAAUUUGCACGUUGCUGGCCCAUCGACCAGUAAGCCAAUCAUGGAAUCCAAGCUCCGUCAUGACGCCGGCGAUGUAUCGGACACAUCCGAAAAAACCAGCAGCAUCACCUCCGGCAACCCGGGAGGCAGUAUCGCUGAAAACGAAAAAUAUCCCGAAAACAUCCACAAAUGCAUUAACGCACUGCGCAAUCUGCACAUGGAAGCGCGUCGUAAGGAAGUGGAGAGCCAGGUAGCCGCCUUCCGUCUGGAGGCUGACACGUACCGCAGUCUGGAUAAAGUGUGGAAGAAGCGCGCGGAAUUCAUCGCCGGCAAAGCGGUCCCGACGGAGCAAGAAUCCAAAUUCUCCUUAACAGAUAAGGAUAUCAAACCGGAUACUUCACCGGACGAUGGACAGAAAGGCAUUCCGAAAUUCUGGAUGGUUGUGCUGAAUUAUGCCGCCCAUACCGCCGACAUGAUCCAGCCGCAUGAUAUCGCGGUGCUGGAGUUUCUCAAGGAUGUCCGCAUUGAAUACAAAGAUAAGCCGUUGGGAUUUGGUAUUGCCUUCGAGUUUGCGCCCAAUCCGUUCUUCGGCAAUACGGUGUUGACCCGUUCGUACGAGUACGAUACGAACCUGACACCGACACAGCUGUACACAUCCAAUGGACUGAUGCCGACAUCAACGGCCGGCUGCAAGAUCACCUGGAAGGAAGGAAAGGAUGUGACCAAGAAAUCCGCCAGCGGGGAUGGUAUGAAGGGGUCCAAGAAGGUGGAUUCGUUUUUCGAUUUCUUCACGCCGGGCAUCACCGAUCUGAGUAAGAUUGGGCAGAUGCUGGCGGAGGAGGACAGCGAGGAUUUGAUGGAGAAGGCGGAGCAGGCAGGUGUGGAUUAUGAGAUCGCUACCGGGUUGCGGCUGCGUGUUGUGCCCCGGGCGUUGCUAUUUUACACCGGGGAAGCGGAUGCCGAAGGAGUGGAUGACAGCGACUUCUCGGAAGAUUACAGUUAUGCAGGGGAUACGGAUGAGGAAAGUGGCCGAAAGCAGCAGGACGACAGUGAAGCAGAGGACAAUCAAGAAUAAACGGGAAAAUCAUUUUCAGUACCGCGCUACUCGUAUUGCGCACCAUGAGGAUUUGAUUUGUUCGGUUAAAUUUAGAUUUUUUUUUGCAGAUUAGUCUUUGCUCUGCUAUUGUUCAACUUACAAUAAAUUUAUUGUUAUUGCUCAGUGAACUGAAUUACGAUAAUAUUAUAGCAAUUAUAAUUAUUAUAGUUUUGGCAUCAGUACUGUAUGUUCAUAAUGUUCUUAUCAAAUGUUCUCUCUGCAAGUGCUCAUCUGGACUGUAUAUAUAAAUUCUAAGUUUUG